AUGUCGUUCCCAGUCCCAGAAAUCGCUGUAUUCAAGGCCUCUGACGCCUACAAGGCAGAUCCAUCGUCUCUCCAUGGUCUUUUCGACACUCUCGCCACCACGGAGGGCAUGUCAGGCACUUACUAUGGUUUCGAGACAGAAGACCCCUCCAACCUGUUCACUGUUCACGUUUGGGAUACCAAGGAGGCUAGCUUAGCAUUCCGCAACAGAAAGGACUUUGAUGAUGUGGUCGCUGCCUCUCUUCCGGCAUUCGGCUCACAGCCAGACGUUAGCCAUGUGCAAUUCACAUCAGACGUUAUCAGGCCUUUAGCCGCUCCAGCCACAGAAUUUGUUACCUUCACCUUAAAGGAAGGUCAAUCCGUGGAAAAUCUCCUUCCUCUGGUAAAACAGCUAUACGAAGGAGUAGCCAUAACACCGACCGCUCAUGGCUCGAGCUGGGGUCCUGUCAUUGGCAAACCUGAUGUAUACUAUGGAAUCCUUGGCUGGGAUACUGUUCAGGCUCACUGGGAUGCAGUUUCAGCUGGUCCGCUGAAAGUUAUCAUUGACAACGUCAAAGAGAUUGCUGCCAUCUCUCUUGUUCAUGCCCUUUUAAAGAAAUACACCAAGUAAUCAAGGGAAAAGAGAAGAUAUAUAUAUCUUGUAACGUUUAUGUAUGUGGUAUCGAAGGAAAUUUAUGGUCAGCUGUUA